GAGGUUCAGGAGCUCCAUAUUCAGACGUGCUACGAGAUGGAACGGUACCUGAAGGACGAGCCGAAACUGCAGUCCUACAAGAAACUGCCCACCGAACUGGACACGCCGUGGAACCUCUUCACGGCACCCGCGUCCUGGACCAAGGUCGAGGUGGUCAAGCCCCUUUCCCUCGAGCAGAUUCGGGGCCGAUGGGGCCAGGGUGCCACCGUCAGCUGUAGCGUACUCGUCAAGGAGGAGUUGAGACAUUUGUUGAAGGAGGUGGAAGACGACGAUUAUGAUGAGGAACUCUGCCUCGCGACGCCCCCCUCCUCACCAGAAUCAGGCCAAGGUCACUCCAACUCCUCCUCAGGCAGCUGCGGCCUCUCCUCACCGCCGAGCGUUGUGCGGUGCACGUCAGUCGCGCGACUCAUCAGCGUCUCAGCCUCCACCAACACCAACAACAACAGGCAUCACUCGCGCACCCUCGACCACUCGCCCGACUCGCGGCGCAAGAUCCACAAAUGCCAGCACCCCGGCUGCAAAAAGGUCUACACCAAAAGUUCGCACCUCAAGGCACAUCAGCGCACGCAUACGGGAGAAAAACCGUAUCGUUGCCAAUGGGAAGGCUGUACCUGGAGCUUCGCACGCUCCGACGAACUGACACGUCACUUCCGCAAGCACACGGGCGCGAAACCCUUCAAGUGUCAACAGUGCGACAGAUGUUUCGCCAGGUCGGACCACCUCGCGCUACACAUGAAGCGGCACUUGGUCUAGGCACGUCACACACUUGUCACAGGUGUGUGACUGGCCUGAGCACUGCCAACUAUGGGGCCAGUACCAGUAGUAUUAGAACACUUGCCGGCGACUGUUCUACAGAUUACACGUGUCGCACGUGU